AAUCAUAUUUGGUACCUGCUGGAACAAUGGUGAAUAUUUAUAUUUACGCAGUCCACAGAGAUCCGAAUUUUUGGCCAAAUCCAGAAGUAUUUGAUCCCGAUAGAUUCUUGCCAGAAAGAAUCCGAAAUCGUCAUCCUUAUUCGUAUUUACCAUUCAGUGCUGGACCACGUAACUGCAUCGGCCAACGAUUUGCUAUGCUGGAAUUAAAGGCAAUGAUAGCUCCUCUGGUACACAAUUUCUACUUGGAGCCCAUUGAUUAUUUAAAGAAUCUUCGGCUGAAAGUUGAUUUGGUCAUUCGCGUUGAUUUACUUCGUGUAAAAUUUAUCCCUGUCUAUAAAACAAAU